UUUUUCACUUGCCCACCCCUUCCCACGAGCACUUGUCUAAGCUAAGCGAACGACCACAUUGCCUCUUCACCAAAUCCCUCACUUCACCCCACCCCAUCGAUACUGUGCUCUCACUCGCUCACUAUUGCACUCAUACGGUACCCUACCAGGGCGGAGACUUCUCCUCUUUUUUUCACCUUUGCACUUCUUUUCCCUCUCUUCCACUCCUUCUCGCUCACCAUUACCAGCGUCGCCUAUCCACCCAUCAGUCGGUCGGUCUGUCCUCACUUAUCUUACUCCCUAACGGCCAUCGCUCGGAGGAAGUGGCAGAAGAAGGGCCAAUCGGGCACGAGCAUAGAUAAAUAGAUCAAACCAGAGAAGAAAAGAAGAAAAAAUGUCCAAAGUCUCCUUCGCAACCUUUCUAAUAAUAUGCCCAACCUGCUUCCUCCUCGGCACCAUCUUCACAAACUGGACAUUCGACCACGCAACCCUCUGGACCGCGCUGCCGCCCACAGCCCCCACCCUCGCGGCGAUAGAAUCACACUACACACAGCUCCACCAUGCGCCGCCCAUCAUCCCGCGCGUGCUCCACAUCACGAUAGGCACGGGCAUCCUUGGCUUCCUGGUGAAGUUGUACAAGCCGUCGGAAUCGAACAUGCUGUUUGACGGUGCCAGCCUCGUGCUGUACAUGGUCGCGCUCGUGAUGUAUGGCACCAACGUGGUCAAGGGCAUGCGCAUUAUCGCCGGCGGCGAUUAUGGCGAAGAGGUGGGCCGCGUGGAUACGCUGCGGGUUGUGGCGGCGAGUCAGGUUAUUAUUGCGCUGGUGCUUGUAGGCGUGCUCGUGCUGCAGAGUGGGCAGUGGUAUGCCGAGAAGAAGGAGGAGCAGGAGGUUCGCGGGCUAGAGUUGAAGGAGAGGGAGAAGGAGGAGAGGAGGGGGGGUGGGAAGAAGAGGAAUUGAUUGUGCUCGCGUAUACUCUUAAAGUGGACUACGGAAGAGGGGACGGAAAAAGACUAAUGCACAAAUCGAUCAAUCACCAUCAAAAAAAACAAAA